AUAAAUGGCGGCCGGGACUGGAAGUGCUGCAGCAAUUCAGCUCCAGCUCCACCUCCAGCUUCAGCAGUAGGAGCCAGCAGCCGUUCCGGUGCCACAGCUCCGGGGAUGGGUGUCGGGACCGGAAUGGCGAAGGGGCUCCUCGCCGCUGUGCUCCUCGCCGUGCUCGCCUGCGGCGGCGCUCACGCCAAGUUCAGCAGGUACAGCUUCCCCAAGGACUUCGUUUUCGGCACCGGCUCCGCCGCGUACCAGUACGAGGGCGCCUACAAUGAAGGAGGCAAAGGGCUUAGCGUAUGGGACAACUUCACCCACAUCCCAGGAAAAAUCAAGAACAACGAUACCGGCGACGUGGCACUUGACAUGUACCAUCGGUACAAGGGCGAUGUGCAACUCCUCAAGGACAUGAACAUGGACGCCUUCCGGUUCUCCAUUGCCUGGAGCAGGAUCCUGCCAACUGGUUCCCUGAGUGGAGGAAUCAACAAAGAAGGUGUGGCCUUCUACAACAACCUCAUCAACGAGGUCAUAGCCAAAGGGAUGAGGCCAUUUGUCACCAUCUUCCACUGGGACACGCCCCUAGCCCUGGAGGAAAAGUACGAAGGCUUCCUCAGUGAAAACAUCGUCAAAGACUACGUGGACUUCGCGGAGGUGUGCUUCAAGGAGUUCGGCGACCGCGUCAAGGACUGGACGACAUUCAAUGAGCCGUGGACGUACGCGCAGCGCGGCUACGCCGUGGGCCUGUUCGCGCCGGGCCGGUGCUCCCCCUACGUCUCCAAGUCGUGCUUCCCCGGCGACUCUGCCCGGGAGCCCUACAUCGUGACGCACAACAUCAUCCUCGCCCACGCGCAGGCCGUGGCGCUCUACCGCGCCAAGUACCAGCCUUCCCAGCGCGGGCAGAUCGGCAUCACCGUGGUGACCAACUGGUACGUGCCCAACACCGACUCCGCCGAAGACCGCAAGGCAGUGCAGCGCAGCCUCGACUACAUAUACGGGUGGUUCCUCGACACCAUCGUGCACGGCUCGUACCCGGGCACCAUGACCAGCUACCUCGGUGAUCGGCUGCCGCGGUUCACGCCGGAGCAGAUGGCACUCGUCAAGGGCUCCUACGACUUCAUCGGCGUCAACUACUACACCGGCUACUACACCUCGGCGGCGGCGCCGCCCAACGGGCUCGAGCAGACCUACGACGGCGACAUCCGCGCCAACACCUCGGGAUACCGCGACGGCGUGCCCAUCGGCCCGCCCGAGUUCGUGUCCAUCUUCUUCAACUACCCCGCGGGGCUCCGCGAGCUCCUGCUCUACACCGCCCGCCGCUACAACAACCCCGUCAUCUACGUCAUGGAGAACGGCAUCGCCGAGGAGAACAACGCCUCCAUCCCGCUCGAGGAGGCGCUCAAGGACGGGCACCGGAUCGAGUUCCACUCCAAGCACCUGCAGUUCGUGAACCACGCCAUCAGGAACGGCGUCAAGGUCAAGGGCUACUUCACCUGGACAUUCAUGGACUGCUUCGAGUGGGGCGACGGCUACCUGGAUCGCUUCGGCCUCAUCUUCAUCGACCGCCUCAAUGGCCUCAAGCGCUACCGCAAGCAGUCAAGCUACUGGAUAGAGAACUUCCUGAAGCGGUAUUAGAUGGAACGAAGAUCGCCGCGCCCACUGGUCACGAGGUCCAUCCACAUCGUCGAUCGAUCCCCUGUUCUUUCAGCAACUACAGCUGGUGCCGCCGCGUCGUUGUUGCCAAUGGCACUUAAUCUGUUCGCGGUCUUGCGGAUGGGCCGGGUGUGUUUGCUUGCAGAGAGUGAUUGCUGCUGUGUGGGCCUGUAGUCUAUGGGGUCGCUGUUGCUGUCGUGGAGUGUGCUGGCAGGAAAGGGAAUAAGAGCAACUCCAAGAGACUGCUAAUCUUACCCCUAAUACUUUUUUCUAGAAAAAAAGAGAAAAAACGAACUCCAACAGUCCA